CCCCUCCCCUCCCCUCCCCCUCGUCGCGCGGCGCGGAAGGCCAAAGGGGAAGAAGGCAGAGGAGGCUUCGGGAUUUCCGCGGAACCCCCACGCCACCACCACCACCAUACCAUCACCGCACCAUCGACGCCCUCCUCCUCUUCGUCUUCUUCGUCCUCCUUCUCCACCUCGAGGCUCCGGCUAUUGCCCACCGCCUAGGGUUUGCCCCCCAUCCGCCUCGCCUCCCUCUCAGUACCACCCAUCCCACCGCCGCCGCCGCCGCCGCGGCAUUCGAAGGUGUGUAUCCGGCCUAUCUAUCUACCUACCCACUCCCCCGUCCGUCGCGAGGAGCCUUCCCUGCCGGUGUGGUUCCGAGGAUCCUUGGUUCCUCGCCACCGCUGCUGGUUUCGGUAGGGGGGAUUUCGUGGGGGAAGACUUUGUUGUUGGUGAUCUGCGGGCGUGGACGCGUGGUUCGCCGGGCUGUGUUUGGUUCUGAUUGUGGGGGAGUUGGGGGUGUUGGUGUUGGGGGUUUCGGUUUGGGGGGAGAUUGAGGUGGUGUAUCGGGGGCCCUGGUUUCUCUGGUAUUGGAUUGGCUUGGGAUCCAUGAUCGAGAUUGCUCGGUGAAGUUUUUGGUCCUAGGGGAAUUUUUUUGUCGGCCCGGAUCAGGAACGGAGGGUUCUCUUGGGGAGAUCUAGGGUUAUUUUUUUGUUCUACCAUUCUCUGUGUAAAAAUUAGGUGAAAAAAACAAAAAAAGAGGGAAAAAAAGAAAGGGAGAGUGGAGGAGAUUUUGGAGGCUAUGGCGCUGAAUUAUUCGUCAUGCUCUUUCAACAACUCGUUCCUGGUGAACGAGGACUGCGCUGGCAUGAUGCGCGGGUGUGGGUGCUGGUCGGAGGAAGCCUCGCCGCUGUCCUCCUGUGGUGUGAACUCUCUGUGGUGGGAUGAACUGGAGUUUGAGCUGGGGCUGGAGGAGGAAGAGGAGUUCGACCCUGUGGAUCUCUUGCCUACCGACCCCUUUGGCAUGAACCUGGAGACCACGUUCACCGCAGCGAUCGCCAGUUGCAUUGACGACCUCACAGUCAUGUCCAGCGCUGGGCGUUUUGGAGACGACAGCAGUGAUGCUGUUUUUGCCGACCUGAGUUAUUACUUGAAUCAGGCUUUUGUUCUAUCGCCAGAGAUGCAGUUUGGUGGCUAUCGGGGUGUUUUUGAGGGCCCCUUGUGCUUCGGAGGCCUUUCUGCUGGUGAAAAUGAUUCUUCUGGGUUCGUGGAGAACCCUUCUAUCACAGAAGAUGCUGAUGAUUCUUUUGGGUUCGUGGAGAACCCAUCUACCUCUGGAAAUGCUGCAUUGGUGUGCUGCGAUGCAGUUGAAACUGGCCCUCUCCAGGAGGGAGGUGUUCCACAUGAAGGAAUGACUUUUGCUCUUGGCUAUCUUGGCCUUCGUGACAUCCUCUCUGUUGAGAUGGUGUGCAAGACAUUGCAUCUGGCUGUCAGAAAUGAGCCCUUACUGUGGAAGUCCAUCCACAUUGAAGAGAAAUUAUGCGAGAGAAUUUCUGAUGCUGGUCUUCUACACCUGACACGAAAGUGCCCAGAUACUUUGCAGUGUCUAAGUAUUGCGAACUGUGUAAAAAUCACAGAUCAGGGGCUGAAGGCCGUGUUAGAAAGUAAUCCAAGAUUAACAAAGUUGAACAUUUUGGGCUGCCCACGGUUAACUUUAGAUGGUAUAAUUUCCAACCUCAAGUCAUUUAAUACGAAAGCAGUUGUUGGUAUUAAGCACCUCAGAGUUGGAACACUCUUCAGUUUACAAAAGGAGCAAUAUGAAGAGUUAUUAUCCUUGUUGAGCACGGACAAGAUGCAGGAGGUGCAUAGCCGGGGGCCAAGAUUCUUGCAUGCUAAUCGGUUUUUAUCAGAUUGCAAUGAUGGAUAUGCUCUUGAUAUUGAGAUGUGCCCUAUUUGUCAGAACUACAAACUUGUUUAUGAUUGCCCAGAUGAAGGAUGUGAUGACAGAAAAUCUGGUAAUUGCAAAGGUUGUACUGUUUGCAUCCUGAGAUGUUACAAGUGUGGGAGGUGUGUAGACAAGUUAGCAUUCAAGGAGUCAUUUUGUCUGGACUGGGUUUGCCCUACUUGUCUAGAGAAUAAGGAUUCAUUUCCCCCGAUGAAAUAGGGGUUUGCCUUUAAAGAAUACUCUGCCUCUGCUAACAGAAAACAGCAUGGAAUGCUGUAAUGCAAGCCAUCUUAGCAUAUCAUUCUACUGAGAAAAAAAAUAAAAAAAGGGAAUAGUUUGUUAUUCUUGAAGGUUCAGCCAUCCUAGCAUUCUACAUAUGCUUCUUGCAAGAAAAAGAACAAAAAGAGUAGUUAGUUUGGUUCAGAAAACAAAAAAAGAUUGUCUAACUACUAUCGUCUGACUGGGGAUAUCUUCUGAGGGAUUUGCAGUUUAAAAGUGAAAGUACAGUCUGAACUUACGUUAGUGGUGAAGUUGCUGCUGAUGUUCAUGGAAUUGCUAGGAUCGAAGAUGAACUGCUCUCCUCUCUCCCGAGCAAAUAAAGAGAUUGACUCCUGUAAUUAACCUUGUACAUGCGUGCCAUGUUGGCUAUGAAAACGUUGUCACACUGCCUUGUAAUUUACAACUACUUGCUGUGAAAUAAAUGACUUCUAACCUAA